AUGAUUCUCCAAGAUGUAUUGAAGAACUAUAGGAGGAAAAAUACUUCACCUCGUUGUACUAUCAAGCUAGAUAUUAGUAAGGCCUAUGACACAGUGGAUUGGAAUUUUAUUGAAGACCUUCUCAAUGCUUUAAAUUUGCCCAGUAGAUUUGUUCAACUAGUGAUGACUUGUAUUAGAAGCUCUACCUAUUCUCUCCUUAUGAAUGGUAGAAUUCAAGGUGGUUUUCAUGGGGCAAAGGGCCUCCGUCAAGGUGAUCCUCUAUCGCCGUUGAUUUUUGUUUUGAUUAUGGAUUAUCUUACGAGAAGGCUUCUUCAUGCUGCUCACGGGUCCAAGCAGUCUAUUGGAGUUCUUAAUGAGGUUUUGAAUGAAUUCAGUAAUACUACUGGGCUUCAAAUCAAUAUCAAUAAGUCUCAAGUUUUUUUCGGAGGGGUUGCUCCUAGGGAGAAAGAGGAGAUCAUUAGGGAACUUGGUUUGGCUGAAGGUGAAUUCCCUCUAAAGUAUUUAGGGGUGCCAUUAAGACCUACUAAAUGGAAAGUUGAGGACUGCGGAAUUAUCAUCAAAAAAAUCAAAAUGAGACUGCAUUCUUGGGGUAGUAGACAUUUAUCGUUUGCUGGUAAAGUGCAAUUAAUUCACUCAAUCUUACUUGGCCUUCGAAAUUAUUGGAUGAGUACUUUCAUCCUUCCUCAAAGUGUUUCUAAAGAGAUUGAGAAACUUUGUAGAGGCUUUCUUUGGGGUUUAAAUGGGAAUAGAAGCAAAAUUCACAUGGUCUCUUGGGAGAAAGUGUGUCUUCCUAAAGCUUUUGGAGGUCUUGGGUUCAAAGAAGGGUCCAAGUGGAAUCAAGCUAUCUUAGCUAAAUAUGUGUGGGCCAUUUCCGAGAAAAGAGAUCUUUUAUGGGUCAAAUGGGUGAAUGCUAUAUACCUUAAGGGGGUACCAUUUUGGUCUUAUGAGUUAAGGUUAGACACAAGCUGGUAUUGGCGAAAACUUUGUCGUUUGAGGCAUAAAUUUUCCUUAGCUGAGAUUUUGCAAGCAGGCUAUUCGGGUAAAUUUGGUGCUUCUAUUCUGUACAACAGCUCUCUGCCUCAGUCCCAGUUCAGUUACCACAGAGCUAUUUGGAGUAGCCUCAAUCUUCCUAAGCAUAGAUUUAUGUUAUGGUAG